GCGCGGACCACGGCGACGGGGGACUUCAGCCUGCACCCACCCUACUUCAACCUGGCCGAGGGCUCCCGCAUCGCGGCGUCGGCGACCUGCGGCGAGGAGGCCCCGGCGCGCGGCGCUCCGCGCCCCACCGAGGACCUCUACUGCAAGCUGGUGGGGGGCCCGGUGGCCGGUGGGGACCCCAACCAGACCAUCCAGGGCCAGUACUGUGACAUCUGCACAGCUGCCAACAUCAACAAGGCCCACCCCGUGAGCAACGCCAUCGAUGGCACCGAACGUUGGUGGCAGAGCCCGCCACUGUCCCGAGGCCUGGAGUACAAUGAGGUCAACGUCACCCUGGACCUGGGCCAGGUCUUCCACGUAGCCUAUGUGCUCAUAAAGUUCGCCAACUCCCCUCGGCCAGACCUCUGGGUGCUGGAGCGCUCCACAGACUUUGGGCACACGUACCAGCCCUGGCAGUACUUUGCCUCCUCCAAGCGGGACUGCCUGGAGAGGUUCGGGCCACAGACCCUGGAUCGCGUCUCGAGGGAUGACGACAUCGUGUGCACCACUGAGUACUCGCGGAUUGUACCGCUAGAGAACGGCGAGAUCGUGGUGUCCCUGGUGAACGGGCGCCCAGGCGCCAUGAACUUCUCCUACUCCCCACUGCUGCGUGACUUCACCAAGGCCACCAACAUCCGCCUGCGCUUCCUGAGGACCAACACCCUGCUGGGCCACCUCAUGGGCAAGGCGCUGCGGGACCCCACCGUCACUCGGAGAUACUAUUACAGCAUCAAGGACAUCAGUGUGGGCGGUCGCUGCGUCUGCCAUGGCCACGCUGAUGUCUGUGACGCCAAAGACCCCACAGACCCCUACAGGCUACAGUGUGCCUGCCAGCAUAACACGUGCGGGGGCUCCUGUGACCGCUGUUGCCCAGGCUUUCACCAGCAGCCAUGGCGGCCAGCCACCACCGACAGUGCCAAUGAAUGCCAAUCCUGUAACUGCCACGGCCACGCCCAUGACUGUUACUAUGACCCUGAGGUGGAUCAGCGGAAUGCCAGCCAGAACCAGGACCACGUCUACCAGGGAGGUGGUGUCUGCAUUGAGUGCCGGCACCACACCACUGGCAUCAACUGUGAGCGCUGCCUGCCCGGCUUCUACCACUCCCCACACCAUGCUGUGGACUCGCCCCACACCUGCCACCGAUGCGACUGUGAGUCCGACUUCACGGACGGCACGUGUGAGGACUUCACAGGCCGCUGCUACUGCCGGCCCAACUUCACAGGCGAGCGCUGUGACGCCUGCGCAGAGGGCUUUGCUGGCUUCCCGCGCUGCUACCCUGUGUCCUCGUUCCCCCCCAACGACACUGGGGCACAAGUGCUGCCGGCUGGCCAGAUCGUCAACUGUGACUGCAGUGCUGCUGGGACCCAGGGAAACGCCUGCCGCCGGGACCCACGGGUGGGACGCUGCGUGUGCAAACCCAACUUCCAGGGUGCCCACUGUGAACUCUGCGCCCCUGGAUUCUACGGCCCAGGCUGCCAGCCAUGCCAGUGCUCCAGCCCCGGGGUGGCCGACAGCAACUGUGACCGCGACUCGGGCGAGUGCCAGUGCCGGGUGGGCUUCGAAGGCGCCGCAUGCGACCGCUGUUCCCCCGGCUACUUCCACUUCCCUCUCUGCCAGUUGUGUGGCUGCAGUCCCACGGGGACCCUGCCUGAAGGCUGUGAUGAGGCGGGACGCUGCCCUUGCCGGCCUGAGUUUGAUGGCCCCCACUGUGACCGCUGCCGUGCUGGCUACCACGGGUACCCUGACUGCCACGCCUGUGCCUGCGACCCCCGGGGGUCCCUGAACGAGCAGUGCGGGGCAGGAGGCACAUGUCACUGCCGUCCUGGCUACAUGGGCCCCACCUGCCAGGCCUGCAGCCCCGGUUUCCAUGGCUUCCCGGCUUGUACCCCCUGCCGCUGCUCUACCGCUGGCUCCCUGCACGCAACCUGCGACCCCCAGAGUGGCCAGUGCAGCUGCCGGCCCCACGUGACGGGGCUGCACUGUGACAUGUGUGUGUCCGGUGCCUAUGACUUCCCCCACUGUGAAGCUGGCUCCUGCCACCCUGCUGGCCUGGCACCAGCAGAGCCCACCCUGCCCGAGGCCCCCUGUGUGUGCCGGGCUCACGUGGAAGGGCCAAGCUGUGAUCACUGCAAAGCUGGGUACUGGGGGCUGAACCCCAGCAACCCUGAGGGCUGCACUCGCUGCAGCUGCGACCCCCGGGGCACACUGGGAGGUGUUACCGAGUGCCAGCAGGACAGUGGCCAGUGCUUCUGCAGGCCCCAUGUGUGCGGGCAGACCUGUGGCGCCUGCAGGGACGGCUUCUUUGGGCUGGACCAGGGCAACUACUUUGGCUGCCGAGGCUGCCGGUGUGACGUCGGUGGUGCCCUGGGCCAGGGCUGCGAGCCUCGGACGGGCGCCUGCCGCUGCCGCCCCAACACCCAGGGCUCCACCUGCAGCGAGCCGGCCCAGGACCACUACCUGCCCGACCUGCAUCACCUGCGCCUGGAGCUGGAGGAGGCCACCACACCUGAGGGCCACGGCGUGCGCUUUGGCUUCAACCCCCUUGAGUUCGAGAACUUCAGCUGGAGGGGCUAUGCGCAGAUGGCACCAAUCCAGCCCAGGAUCGUGGCCAGGCUCAACGUGACCUCCCCAGACCUCUUCCGGCUGGUCUUCCGCUACGUGAACAGGGGCCCUGCCAGUGUCAGCGGGCGUGUCUCUGUGCGGGAGGAGGGCAAGAUGGACACUUGUGCUAACUGCACGGAGCAGAGCCAGCAUGUGACCUUCCUGCCCAGCACGGAGCCUGCCUUCAUCACGGUGCCCCAGAGGGGCUUCGGGGAGCCCUUUGUGAUGAACCCUGGCACCUGGGCCCUGCUGGUGGAGGCUGAAGGGGUGCUCCUGGACUAUGUGGUGUUGCUGCCCAGUGCCUACUACGAGGCUGCCCUGCUGCAAUUCCGGGUGACCGAGGCCUGCACCUACCGCCCUACUGCCCAGCACUCUGUGGACAACUGUCUCCUCUAUGCCCACCUCCCCCUGGACGGCUUCCCCUCGGCCUCAGGGGCUGAAGCCCUGUGUCGCCAAGACAACAGCCUGCCACGGCCCUGCCCUGUGAAGCAGCUCAGUCCUUCCCACCCACCCCUGGCCGCCUGCCUGGGCAGUGAUAUGGACGUCCAGCUGCAGGUGGCAGUGCCACAGCCGGGGCAUUACGUGCUGGUGGUGGAGUAUGCCAACGAGGAUGCCCGCCAGGAGGUGGGGGUAGCCGUGCACAGCCCCCAGCAGGCCCCCCAGCAGGGCACGCUCACCCUCUACCCCUGCUCAUACAGCACCCUGUGCCGUGCCACUGCUGUGGACACCCAGCACCACCUGGCCGUCUUCCACCUGGACACGGAGGCCAGUGUCCGGCUCACGGCCGAGCAGGCACGCUUUUUCAUGCACAGUGUCACCCUGGUGCCCGCGGGGUUGUCCAGCGUGGAGUUUGUGGAGCCCCAAGUCCGCUGCCUCAGCCGCCAUGGCACCUUUGGUCCAAGCAGCACCACCUGCCUGCCCUCCCGAUUCCCAAAGCCACCCCAGCCCAUCCUGCUACGGGACUGCCAGGUGCUGCCACUGCCACCCAGCCUCCCACUGACCCACUCACAGGAGCUCACGCCGGGCGCACCCCCGGCCGGGCCCCAGCCUCGGCCCCCCACCAUCGUGGACCCUGACGCCGAACCCACCCUGCUGCGUCACCCCCAGGGCACCGUGGUCUUCACCACCCAUGUGCCCACCCUGGGCCGCUACGCCAUCCUGCUGCAUGGCUACCAGCCAGCCCACCCCACCUUCCCUGUGGAGGUGCUGGUGAAUGGGGGGCGCAUCUGGCACGGCCAUGCCAAUGCCAGGUUCUGCCCACAUGGCUACGGCUGUCGAACCCUGGUGGUGUGUGAGGGCCAGACGGUGCUGGAUGUCACGGACAGGGAGCUGACCGUGACCAUGCGUGUGCCUGAGGACCACUGGUUCUGGCUGGAUUACGUGCUGGUCGUCCCAGAGGACGUCUACACCUCCAGCUACCUGCAGGAAGAGCCACUGGACAAGUCUUAUGACUUCAUCAGCCACUGCGCUGCCCAGGGAUACCAUAUCAGCCCCUCCAGUUCGUCCUCUUUCUGCCGUGAUGCUGCCAUCUCCCUCUCCCUGUUCUACAACAAUGGGGCCCGGCCGUGCGGCUGCCACGAAGUGGGUGCCACGGGUCCCACAUGUGAGCCCUUUGGGGGCCAGUGUCCCUGUCGCGCCCAUGUCAUUGGCCGGGACUGCUCCCGCUGCGCCACCGGCUACUGGGGCUUCCCCCGCUGCAGGCCCUGCGACUGUGGCGCGCGCCUCUGUGACGAGCUCACGGGGCUGUGCGUGUGCCCACCGCGCACCCUGCCACCCGACUGCGUGGUCUGCCAGCCGCAGACCUUCGGCUGCCACCCCCUGGUGGGCUGCGAGGAGUGCAAUUGCUCAGGGCCAGGUGUCCAGGAGCUGACAGAUCCCAGCUGUGAUGUGGACAGCGGCCAGUGCAGGUGCAGAGAUAACGUGGCCGGGCGCCGCUGUGACAAGUGUGCCCCUGGCUUCCACGGCUAUCCCAGCUGCCGCCCCUGUGACUGCCAUGAGGCUGGCACUGCCCCUGGCGUGUGUGACCCACUCACUGGCCAGUGCUACUGUAAGGAGAACGUGCAGGGCCCCAGGUGUGACCAGUGUCGCCUGGGGACCUUCUCCCUGGAGGCUGCCAACCCCAAAGGUUGCACACGCUGCUUCUGCUUUGGAGCCACUGAGCGCUGUGGGAGCUCACCGUCCUCCCGCCAGGAGUUCGUGGACAUGGAAGGCUGGACACUGCUGAGCGGGGACCGUCAGACAGUGCCCCACCAGCGGAGAGCGGAGGCAGAGCUGCUGCGCGCAGACAUGCGGCAUGCUCCUGAGACCCCCUCUGAGCUAUACUGGCAGGCCCCGCCCUCCUACCUGGGGGACCGUGUGUCAUCAUACGGGGGGAUGCUACGCUACGAGCUACACUCAGAGACCCAGCGUGGAGACGUCUUCAUCCGCACGGAGAGCCGACCAGAUGUGGUACUGCAGGGCAACCAGAUGAGUAUCAGUUUCCUUGAGCCGGCGUACCCAGCACCUGGCCACUCUCACCAUGGGCAGCUGCAGCUGGUGGAGGGAAAUUUCCGGCACACAGAGACCCACAAUGCCGUGUCACGUGAGGAGCUCAUGAUGGUGCUGGCUGGCCUGGAGCAGCUGCAGAUCCGCGCCCUCUUCUCUCAGAUCGCGUCAGCUGUCUCCCUGCGCCGUGUGGCGCUGGAGGUCGCCAGUGUGGGGGGCCGGGGGCCGCCAGCCAGCAGCGUGGAGCUGUGCAUGUGCCCUGCCAGCUACCGCGGGGACUCGUGCCAGGAAUGUGCCCCUGGCUAUUACCGUGACACCAAGGGCCUCUUCCUGGGCCGCUGCGUGCCCUGCCAGUGCCACGGCCACUCAGACCGCUGCCUUCCCGGCACGGGCGUCUGUGUGGGCUGCCAGCACAACACAGAGGGCGACCACUGUGAGCGCUGCCUCCCUGGCUUCGUGAGCAACAGCCCCGAGGGACCCACAGCCCCUUGCACCAGCUGCCCCUGCCCCCUUGCUGUGCCCUCCAACAACUUUGCUGUGGGCUGUGUCCUGCGGGGUGGCCACACCCAGUGCCUCUGCAAACCUGGCUAUGCGGGUGCCUCCUGUGAGCGGUGCGCUCCUGGCUUCUUCGGGAACCCACUGGUGCUGGGCAGCUCCUGCCAGCCCUGUGACUGCAGUGGCAACGGUGACCCCAACAUGCUGUUCAGCGACUGCGACCCACUCACGGGUGCCUGCCGCGGCUGUCUGCGCCACACUACCGGCCCACGCUGCGAGACCUGUGCCCCUGGCUUCUACGGCAACGCCCUGCUGCCUGGCAACUGCUCCCGGUGUGACUGCUCCCCAUGUGGGUCUGAGGGCUGCGACCCUCAUAGUGGGCACUGCCUGUGCAAGGCAGGUGUGACGGGGAUGCGCUGUGACCGCUGCCAGGAAGGACAUUUUGGCUUCGAAGGCUGUGGGGGCUGCCGUCCGUGCACCUGUGGACCGGCUGCUGAGGGCUCCGAAUGCCACCCCCAGAGCGGACAGUGCCACUGUCGGCCAGGCGCCUGGGGGCCCCAGUGCCGCGAGUGUGCCCCUGGCCACUGGGGGGUCCCUGAGCAGGGCUGCAAGCGCUGCCAGUGCCGGGGAGGCCACUGUGACAUGCACACUGGCCGCUGCUCCUGUCCCCCUGGGCUCAGCGGGGAGCGGUGUGACACCUGUAGCCACCACCAUCAGGUGCCCGUGCCCGGUGGGCCGGGAAACCGUGGCGUCCACUGUGAAGUGUGUGACCACUGUGUGGUCCUGCUCCUGGACGACUUGGAGCGGGCUGGCGCCCUCCUGCCCGCCAUCAGAGAGCAGCUGCGAGGCGUGAACGCGAGCUCUGUGGUCUGGGCCCGGCUGCACGAGCUGAACACCUCCAUCACUGACCUCCAGGACCAGCUCCACAGCUUCUCUGGCCCACGCCACGAGACCUCGCAGCGGCUGGAGUGGCUGGAGCGGCAGAGCGGGAGCCUCGCACAGGACACGCAGCGUCUGGGCGGCCAGGCAGCGGGAGUCCGGGAGAAGGCGGGCUGGCUCCUGGGCGAUGCUGAGACCAUGCAGGGCCGGGUGCAGGCACUCCUGACUGCCGUCCAGGCAGUGGCUGGAACCCUGAGCGAGCUCGCGGCCCAGACAGACCGCCUGUUGCCAGCAAAUGCCUCGGCCCCAUCGGGCGAGCAGCUGCGUCAGACGCUGGCCGAGGUGCAGAGGCUACUUAAGGAGAUGCAGACGCGGGACCUGGGGGCCCCGCGGGCAGUGGCUGAGGCUGAGCUGGAUGAGGCUCAGAGAGUGCUGGCCCACGUGCGAGAGCAGCUGACCAGCCUCUGGGAGGGAAACCAGGCGCUGGCCGCCCACGCCCGCAACCAGCUGGCCCAGCAUGAGGCUGGCCUCAUGGACCUGCGAGAGGCCCUGAACCGGGCAGUGGGGACCGUCAGUGAGGCGGAGGGGCUCAACAGCCGAAACCAGGAGCGACUGGAGGAAGCCUUGCAACAAAGGCAGGCGCUGUCCCAGGACAACGGAGCCGUGCAGGCCACCCUGCAGGCUGCCAGGGACACCCUGGCCCGGGUCUCAGGGCUCCUGCGGGGCAUGGACGAGGCUAAGGAGGAGUAUGAGCGCCUGGCCGCCAGCCUGGACGGGGCACGGACCCCACUGCUAGAGAAGAUGCAGACCUUCUCCCCCGCCAGCAGCCAGGUGGACGUGGUGGAGGCCGCUGAGGCCCACGCACAGCGGCUGGGCCAGCUGGCGCACAACCUCUCCAGCAUCAUCCGUGGCAUCAACCAGGACCGUGUCAUCCAGCGGGCCAUCGCGGCCUCCGACGCCUACGCUAGCAUCCUGCGGGCAGUGCAGGCUGCUGAUGGGGCCGCCGGACACGCCCUGCUCGAGGCCAGCCAGGCCUGGGCGACGGUGGUACAGCAGGGCCUAGGAGCCCGAGCCCGUGAGCUGCGGGCCAACAGCAGUGUCCUGGAAGAGGCCAGCCUGGGCCAGCAGCGGCAGCUGGGCCGCGUGUGGGCCGCCCUGCAGGGCACUGGGACCCAGCUCCAAGACGCCCGUGCCAGGAAGGACCAGCUGGUGACACAGAUCCGUGACGCACAGGCCAUGUUGGCCAUGGACACAGACGCAACGAGCGAGAAGAUUGCCCAUGCGAAGGCCGUGGCUGCUGAGGCCCAGGACACGGCUGCGCGUGUCCAGUCCCGGCUUCAGGGCAUGCGGGACAACCUGGAUCAGUGGCAGGGCCAGUUCGGGGGUCUGCGGGGCCAGGACCUGGAUGAGGCAGUGCGUGACGCUGGCCGCUCGGUGUCCACCCUGGAGAAGACACUGCCACAGCUACUGGCCAAGCUGACCCUGCUCGAAGGCCGGGGUGGCCACAACGCCAGCCUGGCCCUGUCUGCCAGCAUCGCCCGCGUGCGCCAGCUCAUUGCCCAGGCCCGGGGUGCGGCCAGCAAGGUCAAGGUGUCCAUGAAAUUCAACGGGCGCUCCGGGGUACAGCUGCGCACCCCACGGGACCUGGCCGACCUCGCCGCCUACACUGCCCUCAAGUUCUACCUGCAGAGCCCAGAGCCGGCUCCCGGCCACACUGCCGGGGACCACUUCGUGCUGUAUAUGGGCAGUCGCCAGGCCACUGGUGACUACAUGGGCGUGGCCCUGCGCGACCAGAAGGUGCACUGGGUGUACCGACUUGGGGAGGCAGGCCCCACGGUCCUCAGCAUCGACGAGGACAUUGGGGAACAGUUUGCAGCCGUCAGUAUCGACAGGACCCUCCAGUACGGCCACAUGUCCAUCACGGUGGAAAAGCAGAUGGUCCAUGAGACCAAGGGUGACACAGUGGCCCCCGGGGCCGAGGGGCUGCUCAGCCUGCAGCCUGAUGACUUUGUCUUCUACGUGGGUGGCUACCCUGGCAACUUUACGCCCCCACCACCCCUCCGUGUCCCUGGCUACCGCGGCUGCAUUGAGCUGGGCACACUGAACGAGGAGGUGAUCAGCCUGUACAACUUCGAGAGGACCUUCCGGCUGGACACGGCCAUCGACAAGCCCUGUGCUCGCUCCAAGUCAACGGGUGACCCCUGGCUCACCGACGGCUCCUACCUGGAUGGCUCCGGCUUUGCCCGCAUCAGCUUCGAAAGCCAGAUCAGCCACACCAAGCGCUUCGACCAGGAGUUGCGGCUGGUGUCCUCCAAUGGCGUGGUCUUCUUCCUCCAGCACCAGGACCAGUUCCUAUGCCUGGCCGUCCGUGAGGGCCGCCUGCUGCUCCUCUAUGACUUUGGUGCAGGCCUGAAGGUGGCCACCCCGAUCCUGUCGUCCCCGCCGACACUGACUGCGGCUAGCAAGGCGGUCCAGGUGUUCCUGCUUGGUGGGGCCCGCAAGCGGGUGCUGGUGCGUGUGGAGAGGGUCACGGUGUUCAGUGUGGAUCAGGAAAACUCUCUGGAGCAUGCCGAGGCCUACUACCUGGGGGGGGUGCCACCAGGCCUGCUGCCCUCAAGCCUGCGACAGCUCUUCCCCUCUGGAGGCUCCAUCCGCGGCUGCGUUAAGGGCAUCAAAGCCCUGGGCAAGUACGUCGACCUGAAGAGGCUCAACACCACGGGCAUCAGUGCUGGCUGCACAGCCGACCUCCUGGUGGAACGGGCCAUGACCUUCCACGGCCACGGCUUCCUGCCCCUGGAGCUCACGGAUGUGGCGUCUCUCUCGGGUGAUGUCUACUCUGGCUUUGGCUUCCGCAGCACCCAGGACAGCGGCCUGCUCUUCUACCGAGCCUCCCCGGAUGGGCUGUGCCAAGUGUCCCUGCAGCAGGGCCACGUGACACUCCAGCUUCUGAGGACCGAGGUGAAAACUCGGGGGGCCUUCGCCGACGGAGCCCCCCACUAUGUCACCUUCUACAGCAAUGCCACCGGGCUCUGGCUCUACGUGGAUGACCAGCUGCAGCAGAUGACGCCCCACCAGCGGCCACGCCCCGGGCUCCAGCCACAGCGUGACGGGUCCCCGCGGCUCCUUCUGGGAGGCUUGCCCGAGUCCGGUUCCUUUCGGAACUUCAGUGGCUGCAUCAGCAAUGUCUUUGUUCGGCGGCUCUUGGGGCCACAGCGUGUGUUUGACCUGCAACAGAACGUAGGCGCUGUCAAUGUGACCACCGGCUGCACACCAGCCCCUCAGGACCAGACUCUGAGGACAGGGCCGCCAGGAUUGCGGGCCCCAGUACAGAAGGCCUCCCGCCGCAGCCGCCACCCUGGCCAGGACCCUCUUUGCAGGCUGCCUGCAUCUCUCCAGAGCCUCCAAGAUGCCUAUCAAUUUGGAGGGGCCCUGUCCAGCCACUUGGAGUUUGCAGUGCCCCACAGAGCCUGGUCCCAAGUCUCGAUGCUCAUACGGCCGCGUGCCCCACAUGGCCUCCUGCUGCUCACUACCCCCCUGACACCCAGCAGCUCCUCCCUGGCACUUUUUCUGAACCACGGACACUUGGUUGCACAGACAGAGGGCGCCGGGCCCCGGCUCCAUGUGCAGAGCCACCAGCGGUUACAGGCUGGCCGGUGGCACACGGUGUCUGUGCGCUGGGACCGGAACAGGAUCCAGCUGGUGACAGACAGGACCCGGGUCUGGGGCCAGAAAGGGCCCCACCACCAGCACCAGGGCACACAGGGCCCCCAGCCUGGCACCCUUUUUGUGGGGGGCCUCCCACCUGGUGGCCACAGCCCCCAGCUCCCGGUGGCCCUCGGCGGCUUGGGGUUCAGUGGCUGUGUGAAGAGGCUAAGGUGGAACGGGCAGCUGCUGGGGUCCCCCACACGGAUGACAGGGGUCACACCCUGCUAUUCAGGCCCCCUGGAGGCAGGCUUGUUCUUUGCUGGCAGUGGGGGUGUCGUCACUCUAGCCCUCCCGUUGGUCCUGGAGCCCGAGCUGGGCCUGGAGCUGGAGGUACGGCCCCAGGCAACCAGCGGCCUGGUCUUCCACCUGGGCCAGGUGCAGACACCCCCCUACCUGCAGUUGCAGGUGUUGGAGAAGGAGGUUGUGCUUUGGGGGGACAGUGGGACAGGCGAGUUUUCCACUCUGCUGACACAUCCCACAGUCCUGUGCGACGGACAGUGGCAUCGUCUCACAGUGACCUGGGGCGGGUCUGGGAUCCGGCUGGCGGUGGAUGCCAGGAGCAAUCAUACCCUGGGCCCUGCACUGGCGGCCUCUACCAGUGCCCUCACACUUCUGCACCUGGGGAACCUGCCCGAGCUCAUGGGCACCACCACCGGGCCCCCAGCCUACCGCGGCUGCAUGAGGGAUCUGCAGGUCAACGGGGCACCCGUCAGCGUGACGCGUUCCCUAAGCAUCCAGGGGUCUGUGUGGGCCGGCGGCUGCCCGGUCACAUAG